CCCCUCCUCCUCAGGUGAGGCAGCCUGGCCUAGCAGGUCCCACGCCACCGCCUCUGCCUCCGGGCCGCCCGCUGCUGCGGGGCCACCAUGCUCCUGCCCAGGCCUGGAGACUGACCCGACCCCCGCACCACCUCGAGGCUCCGCCCCCACCUGCCGGACCCCAGGCCCAACCUGUGUCCGUGAUCACGGUGUGCUCUGGCCAAGGCCCAGUCCCUACAGCCUGCCUGGAUGGACGCUUGGGACUGGGGGCGCCAGGACUGGGCUGGGCUGGGCUCCCCCAGGCCCUGCCUCCCCGUCCAUCUCCUCACAGGUCCCACCCUGGCCCAGGAGGUCAGCCAGGGAAUCGUUAACAAGAGGCGGUGACAUGGCGCAGAAGGAGGGUGGCCGGACUGUGCCGUGCUGCUCCGGACCCAAGGUGGCAGCUCUCACUGCGGGAACCCUGCUGCUUCUGACGGCCAUCGGGGCGGCGUCCUGGGCCAUCGUGGUCGUUCUCCUCAGGAGUGACCAGGAGCCACUGUACCCAGUGCAGGUCAGCCCGGCGGACGCUCGGCUCACGGUCUUUGACAAGACAGAAGGGACGUGGCGGCUGCUGUGCUCCUCACGCUCCAACGCCAGGGUGGCCGGGCUCAGCUGCGAGGAGAUGGGCUUCCUCAGGGCACUGGCCCACUCCGAGCUGGAUGUGCGAACGGCGGGCGCCAACGGCACCUCGGGCUUCUUCUGCGUGGACGAGGGGAGGCUGCCCCACACCCAGAGGCUGCUGGAGGUCAUCUCCGUGUGUGACUGUCCCAGGGGCCGUUUCUUGACCACCAUCUGCCAAGACUGUGGCCGCAGGAAGCUGCCGGUGGACCGCAUCGUGGGAGGCCGGGACACCAGCCUGGGCCGGUGGCCGUGGCAAGUCAGUCUUCGCUAUGAUGGAGCACACCUCUGUGGGGGGUCCCUGCUCUCCGGGGACUGGGUGCUGACAGCUGCCCACUGCUUCCCAGAGCGGAACCGGGUCCUGUCCCGAUGGCGAGUGUUUGCCGGUGCUGUGGCCCAGGCCUCUCCCCACGGCCUGCAGCUGGGGGUGCAGGCUGUGAUCUACCACGGGGGCUAUCUUCCCUUUCGGGACCCCAACAGCGAAGAGAACAGCAACGACAUUGCCCUGGUCCACCUCUCCAGUCCCCUGCCCCUCACGGAAUACAUCCAGCCUGUGUGCCUCCCAGCUGCUGGCCAGGCCCUGGUGGAUGGCAAGAUCUGCACUGUGACGGGCUGGGGCAACACGCAGUACUACGGCCAACAGGCCGGGGUACUCCAGGAGGCUCGAGUCCCCAUCAUCAGCAAUGAUGUCUGCAACGGGGCUGACUUCUAUGGAAACCAGAUCAAGCCCAAGAUGUUCUGUGCUGGCUACCCGGAGGGUGGCAUUGAUGCCUGCCAGGGCGACAGUGGUGGUCCCUUUGUGUGUGAGGACAGCAUCUCUCGGACACCACGUUGGCGGCUGUGUGGCAUCGUGAGCUGGGGCACUGGCUGCGCCCUGGCCCAGAAGCCAGGCGUCUAUACCAAAGUCAGUGACUUCCGGGAGUGGAUCUUCCAGGCCAUAAAGACUCACUCCGAAGCCGGCGGCAUGGUGACCCAGCUCUGACUGGUGGCUUCUCGCUGCGCAGCCUCCAGUGCCCGAGGUGAUCUCAGUGGUGGGAUCCACGCUGGGCCUAGGAUGGGACGUUUUUCUUCUUGGAACCUGUCCCCAGGUCCAAGGAUACCCUCCCUCCAGGGUCCUUUCUUCCACAGUAGCGGGCCCACUCAGCCCUGAGACCACCCAACCUCACCCUCCUGACCCCCAUGUAAAUAUUGUUCUGCUGGCUGGGACUCCUGUCUAGGUGCCCCUGAUGACAGGAUGCUCUUUAAAUAAUAAAGAUGGUUUUGAUUAA